CUUUUAACCAAAUUGUCAUAUCUCCACUCUCACACAGUACCUUAAAACAACUCUUUUCUCUUUUUUCAACUUUUUCUUCCACUUGAAAUAGUAAUCAUGCACUAAUCAGAAAGUCCCAAAGUUAAAAUCAUCUUUGAAAUGUAAUAUAUGGGUUAUCUUCACUUUUGAUUGCCUUUUCUUCUCUGUUUUUGUUUUUUUGAUAAUUGAGUUUAUUAUUUGAGACUUUCCACAAGUACAAGAAACAGACAAAGAUUGCCAUUUUACCAUGAAAAGGCGAUUUUGAUAAUAGUAGGAAGUUGUGUGAUCCAAUGGAUUAAUGAGGCUGCCCAUGCCAGCUGCCAGGCGAUUCUGUGCUUAAAGUUUGUGUCUUGAUGCGGUAGCUUUGUGGUAAUUCAAGUUCCAGUCCCCUGGUCUUUUGAGAAUUUAAUGGGUGAAUCAAUAGUAGAUGCUUCGAAUAAAGAAGUUAAGAUUGGGGAGAUGGUUUCUUCAAAUCCUGCUCUCGAAGUGUCAGUCUCGUUUGGUAGAUUUGAGAAUGAUUCGCUUUCUUGGGAGAAAUGGUCAUCUUUCUCGCCAAAUAAGUACUUGGAGGAGGUUGAGAAGUGUGCAACUCCCGGAUCAGUUGCUAAGAAAAAGGCUUACUUUGAAGAACAUUACAGGAAGAUUGCUGCAAGAAAAACUGAGCUACUGGCUCAGGAGAAGCCAAUGGAAAGUAAACCCUUUAACUCAGAUGAUCAGAAUUGUGGAGAUCUAGUUGGUAAAUCUAAUGGUCAGUGCUCCAAUGAAGGAGAUAAGCAAGAAACUAACGGGGUAAGUGAGGUGAGUGACACCCACUUUGAUGAGCACAAUAAGGAGCCUGAAAUUGCCAUCAAAUGUCAAAACUCAUCAGUUGAGGGGGUGAAAGAGGAAAUAGAUAGCAGAGUGGAGAGUCAAGUGAUAGAGAAAAUAGAUAGCAGAGUAGAAAGUCAAGAGAAAGAGGAAAUGGAUAGCACAGUGGAAAGUCCAAAGUUAAUCAAAUCGGAAGAAACCGCCCCAGAAGAAGCCGUUUGGGUAAAAGGAGUGGAAACUCUUCCCAAGGGGUCUCAAGAUGAAAAGGAGUUACCACAGAACUCAGAAAAAGACAUAAAAGACACUCCAAAGAUCAAACAUAAGAACCUAAAGUUGGGUCAUUCGGCAAAAUCUGAUAAGAUUACACCAGCAAAUAAGGAGAGAAAUGAGACAAGGAUAAAGAAGAAACCCGCAUCCCCUGUGACUAAAACACCACAAUUUUCUACGCCUAGAGCAUCAAAGCCAACAUCAACUCCUACUACAUUGUCUGCAUCUAGAACUCCAUCAAAAACAAAGACUACUUCAUCUUAUUCUUUACCAAAGACCAAGAUUCCUUCCAUGGGAGAACGCAAGAAAGUGAUUCCUAGAUCCUUGCACAUGUCCCUUAGUUUGGGUCCCUCAGGUUCUGGACUGGCUUCCCUUCCUGCAACAAGAAAAUCUUUAAUUAUGGAAAAAAUGGGGGAUAAGGACAUUGUCAAACGAGCGUUUAAGACAUUUCAGAGUAAUUAUCGCCAAUUGAAACCUUCCAGUCAGGAACAAUCUGCAGCACUGAAACAGGUGCCUGCGAAGGGGAGAGAACCAAGAGUUUCCACUUUGAUGACUCCCCAAAAGGAGAAUGGAGGGUCUCCUAGAGUUAGUGGUAUGGAGAAAAAGAAUGCUAAGGCUGCUCCAUCUUAUUUUGGCUUGAAAACUGAUGAAAGGGAAGAAAGGAGAAAGGAGUUUUCCAAGAAAUUGGAAGGAAAACCCAAUGGUAGAGAAGCAGAGAGAAAAUAUCCUCAGAAAAAAUCAAAGGAUAACAGAGAUGCAGAGAUCAAAAAAUUAAGGCAGAGCCUUAAUUUUAAAGCUACACCCCUGCCGGGUUUUUAUCAGAGAACAUCAAAAAGCACUCUUGAUAAGAUAGGUACCAAGAGUGACAUCCAUCGGUGCCUGGCUUCCUUGGGUUAACGAACCAUGCAUCUUUUAAAAACACGCAGGAAAAAUCAAGAAUCUUUAAUAUGAACAAAGGUCAGAAAAGAGACGUAAGAAAUACAUCAUCUCGCUGGGCAACGAAAGGUACAUUUGUAGGCAUUGUUUUCCAUCGAGGAGCCAGGGCAUGUAUAUUAUUGGCUUAUUGCUGACGCGUCUAGAAUCUGUCAUUGAUGAGUCACAUGCUGUGUACUUGGAUGCCUCAAUCUUGUCCUCAAGGUGGGGUACGUGAAUAAUGGUGCAGGAGAUAACAGAAGAGGUUGGGGCUUUCUCAGUCUUGAUGAACUGUUACUUCCCUCACCUUUCCCUGCCAUGUAUAUGUAGAAAAAUAUAUUGUAGCUAUUCAAAUGCACAAUGAACAUUUUAAUAGUAUGCUAAAAGAGAUUAGAGUUGUGUUUUAUUAAAUCUCUAUCUCUGUGAUUGCAAUUUAGUCUUA